AUGCAGGGAGGGGCACUGCUGAAAGAGCUCAAACAUGGUUGCAAGAUGCCGUCCUUGAACACCCUCAAGAUGAAGCUGGACGAGGACCACCACAGGCACCUGGAGCACACAGCCUCGGUGGAAGAAGGGCUGACGAAAGUCCGCCGCUCGGCGCAGCAGAACAGUGAACUAGCUGACUUGCCGCCGCCAGCAGCAACCGCGGAGGCUCCGAAGAGGACACCGUACCCGCAGGCCGUGAGGGCGGAGGUGGAGGCCGCCAGAGCAGGUGCUUACCCGCCCGGCAGGGCCGAGGCGGACGCCCCGAACGGUCAGGCGGGCGGGCGGAAGUCCGUCCCCCCCGUGGCCGUGGCAGGCGCAGGGGGACGAAGUGAAGAUCAAGAAGCCCGUGGCCAAGCAGCUAGCAGUGCGCGGCUCCCAGCUGUCGCGGCGCUCUGCGGAUCACGGGAGAGGCACGGCGGCGCACGGCAUGAUGGGAUCGAAGGGCACGGCUGUACAUUCGAAGGGACGCCGUCAGAGAUCAGGUAG